AUGUUCGAAGCUCACAUCGAACACAGGAAAUUCCCUAGUGCCAAGGUAAUCGGAAACGACAUCAGCGCGAUCCAACCAAACUGGGUCACCCCGAAUGUGGAGUUCAUCGUCGAAGACUUCGAACGCGAAUGGCUGUAUGAGAAAAACAGCUUUGACUUCAUCCACGCACGUCUACUCUCCGGAUGCGUCGCAGACUGGUCUCAGUUCUUCGCACGGAUCUUCGACCAUGUGAAACCAGGUGGGUACUUCGAGAUCCAAGAAAGCGCCGUCUGGGGCUGGAGCGACGACGGUACCCUCAAGCCCGACUCGCCGCUGCUUCAGUACCUACACGCCCUCAAUAUGGCAGGGAAGGCAAUGGGACGGGAGCUCAAUAUCUACCAUAAACUGGAACGCUGGAUGGUUGAUGCGGGCUUUGAAGAUGUGCAGCAGUUUACAUAUCUUCUGCCGUACUCACCGUGGCCGCGAGACCCUCACCUAAAGGAGUGUGGGAAGUAUCAGGCUGUGAUGGCCCAGCAGGCUGUGGAGUCUUAUGGGUUGCGGCUUUGUACGCAGGUUCUUGGUUGGGGCGCGGAGCCUUCGCGGAUCUUUCAGGCGAUGGUUAAGAAGCACCUGAGGGAUAAGCAGAUGCAUGCCUAUGUUAAGGAGGUUGUUGUUUAUGGCAGGAAGCCUUUGAAGCGACGGUGA